AUGUCGAUUCAUGUACACGUACGUGAUCAACCAUCAGUAUCUAGUAUUCGAUCUAAAAAUAUAUACAACGAUCAAUUAAAUUCACAAUCAACUCAUGUCCAUCUUGUAAAACGUAAUCGAUAUUGUCGUCAUCGAUCACACAAGUUAAUAAGAAAAGAAAUUCAAUCAAAUAUAUUAGAUUCUAAUCAAAAUCAAGCAACGAAUAAUACCACGAAACCUAUUAUAUUUCAAAAAGAUCGAAACUCAGACUCGAAUACUCUCAGUACACUUUAUCAUCAAAAUGAAUCUGAUAAAUCAUUCAUUUCUCGAAUGAAAAAUGCCAAACAUCCAACAUCUGUUAUAUCAAUUUUACAAUGUUGUAAUUUGUCAUUCUAUUCUAAUCAAAAUUCAAAGCAUUAUAAAGAUAAUUCAACGAAAGAAACAAUAGAAUCAAAAAUUACUAAUCAUAGUGAGCAGAGCAAUGAAUGGCCAGAUUGGAUAACUUUUCAAAAUGGACAUCGUCAAAAAGAUGAUAGAAACAAAAAGAAUAAAUUUUCACAACAACGUAUAAUCAUAUCAGUAGUUACAGGCCUUGUUUUAAUUAUAGCUAUUGCUAUUACUCUUGGUAUUCUAUUGACGAGAUCGAAAGCAACAAUAAAUACAAUGUCUAUCCUUCGUUGGAAUCCAUCAGCUAUAACUAUAGCUGGUAGUACAGGUCAAAAAGGAAAUGCUUCAAAUCUACUUAAUGUACCUUUUGGUUUAACAUUAGAUUCUUCUACUACACUCUAUAUAGCUGAUGGAUUUAACAAUCGAGUACAGAAAUAUUUAAGAGAUGAAUCGUUCGGUGUUACAGUUGCUGGUCAAGUAGAUGGAUCUUCGAAUUCAACAUCCAGCUAUUUAAAUUUUCCUAGUGAUGUUGCUGUUGAUUCAGAUGGUAAUAUCUACGUAACAGAUACAUUUAAUUAUCGUGUUCAAUUAUGGACUAGUGGAUCAUCUUCCGGUACAUUAGCUGCUGGUACUGGUAUUUCUGGAAGUACCAAUGAUACUUUAAGUAUAGUAUAUGGAAUAGCACGUGAUUCAAGUUCAGGCACACUUUAUAUAUCAGAUACAGGCAACCAUCGUAUAAUGCGCUACCUUUCGGGUGCUUCAUCAGGGACUGUUAUUGCAGGUGGUAAUGGAGCUGGAUUAAGUAUCACACAAUUGUCAAAUCCCAUAGGUCUUUGUUUUGAUUCAUCAACAAAUAGUCUAUUAAUUGCUAAUUAUGGUGCUAAUAAUAUUGUUCGUUGGAUAAUAGGUAGUCAAAACUGGACACUUGUAGCUGGUAACAUAAAUGGUUUAAGUGGUAGCACAUCAAAUAAACUCAAUCAACCAACGGAUGUUACAAUAGAUCCAAUGGGUAAUAUUUAUGUUGUUGAUAUGGGUAAUAAUCGUGUACAAUUUUUUUCCUAUGAUCAAUCAAAUGGUACAACAAUUGCUGGUGUAACAAAUUCAAAUGGUAAUACUUCAAUUUUACUCAAUAAUCCAUAUUCUAUAACACUUGAUAAUCAACUUAAUUUAUAUGUAGCAGAUACAUAUAAUCAUAGAAUACAAAAAUUUAUUCGAUUUUAA